GGCGGUGACGCUGGGACGGAGACAAGGAGCGGAGAGAGCGGGCUGCUGCAGCUGGACCGACUCCCGACCGGGACCAGAUCUACACCAGCCUACAGACGAAUACACGGUCAUCUGCGACAAUCUGAGAGAAGGCUCACGUUUUAAACCCGUUAUGAGAGAUUACACUGCGACUCCGGGCCAUGAAGGCGCGUGCAUGCCCUGCUGCCAAGUUUGCGUCUUCUUCUUUACCGCAUUUCUCAUCGUUGCAGAGAGGACGGCGCUGAUCUACUGCUUUGUGUACUAUCUGUGGGUGGGUCACAACUACUGCUAUGCCCAUCUUGCUGCCUUCACUGCACUGUUCCUGCUGCCAGGUUGGGGUCCUCAGUGGCUCAGUUACUUGUGGUACCUGUCCGAUGGACGCAUCCGCAGGAAGUCUCUCACCUGGACACAUAUACUGCACCUGGGUAUCUUCAAAAGGCUGUGGGAGUGUAUGUGUCUGCCAGAUGAGGAUGUGUAUGGUGAGAUCAUGCAGCAGGCGGAUGUGUCUGCCUUACGUCUGUUUGAGGCCUUGGUGGUCACCCUUCCCGAGACGCUGCUGCAGACCUACGUGCUCAUCUGUACUGAUAUAGGACUCAAAUCUCCAGCUUCUGUGUGUUUUGUGGUGUGUUUGUUGUCUCUCGCCUGGGCCUUGGUCCUCUAUGCCAGAGCCUGUUCACUCAUCAGACCAGGACAUUUACAAAUGACCCCCGCUGCCAUUCUCUGUCGUCUGCUGUGGAGGGUCAUGAUGUUGGGAUCUCGAUUUGGUGUUCUCAUGCUCUUCACACGCAUCUUUAAACAAUGGAUCCUGGGAGUCAUUGGUGUGCACUGGCUGGGUGCAACUUUCUGGAUGGUGUCUCAGCAGACCGACAUCAUACGCUCAACGAGUCGAUGGAGACUCUUCAACCUCGUUCUGGGAGCCAUUCACAUCUUUCUCUUCCUCAACGUGAAGUACGGUCAAUCCAGAUACCGCAUGACUGGGUUCUACCUGGCCAUGUUCUUAGAGAAUGCUUUUCUUCUCCUGGCCUCCUCCUGGUUGUUUACCAUGGUGUCCUGGGAUACUGUUGGCAUCCCAGCAGCAGUGUUCUGCAGCUUCCUCAUUGGAGUGAUAGCAUUGGUGCUAUACUAUCGUUUCCUCCACCCUAAAUCCUUCGAGAUUUUCCAGAGUAUUCGCCACAGAGGGAUCGGUGGAGCCUGCAUGGAGCGUGGAUCUACACUGUCAUUGGAGGAGAAAGUCACGCCCACGUUCCAUCGUCAUGCAACACUGUCUGGAGGUGGGACUCUCAUGGACCUUCCAAUCCAGUGGGAGGGUUGGAAACAUCACCACUGGCUGCUGAUUCGUUUGGCCCUGAAGACGGGGGAUGUAACAAGGAUCUGGUCGGCGUAUGGCGAGGGGGGACUGGCCGGACUGAUGGGUCUGUCUGAAGAAGUUCACUCCCCAGAUGAACCUUACGUCCCUCGGGUUCCACCUGUUCAGCCACAAGUUCCUCAGAUCUCACAUCCAACUCCUCAGCCAGCUCCACCACAGGUGACCCAGGUUCCACAGGUGAGAGAGGUGGUCCAGCCUCCACAGCUACCUCCCACCAGUGUAGUGGCCAGACCAGUGAGAAAAGCUCCUCCCACCUCAAUCCAGGAUAUGAGAAGGUUUCCAGAGAUUAUGCCAGUCCAAGAGGUCAUUUUUGAAGAGACUGCAGAGGAAGAGUCCAUCAGUGCUCCAGCAUCAGAGGAAAAAGGUGACGACGAGUUUCAGAGUGCAGCUUAUGGCUCACCCACGCCUUCAUCUCCACGGCAACCAGGUAGCCUCCGCCACAUUGACAGCAACGCUGCAACCCUGACUGAGGCCUCGUCCUCCGCAGGCUCCCCCCUGGACAUCAAGACUCCCGGCUGGUCACCUGAGAGACGAUCCCCUCUCCUGAUUGGUUCACCAGAGAAAAAACUCCCUGGAGAGUCCAGCACUACACUGUAUUUCAGCGCAGAUGCACAGUCUCCCUCCAGUGGGAGCUAUCUCGGCUGGGGCUCCGAGCUGUCGCCCAUCUCCAGCUACCGAAGUCCCUACCGGAUCAGAGAGGCUCGUUUUGUCACAUCCACCCCGCGACUGGAGCCCAGGUCUGAGAGUCCAGGCCCAGCCCCUGUAGUUGUGAUCCCUGCCACUCCAGGCACCACACCUGGCACCACCCCUGGCGGGACCCCUGCUGCUUCCACCCCUGCUGCUUCUACGUCUGCAGCUUCAACACCUGCUGCCUCAACCCCUGGUGCAUCGACUCCUGGUGCUACUACACCCAGUACUCCGGUCAUUCCACUCACUCCAGUCAUCUCCCAUGCUCGUAAACAGAUGGUCCAGUUUGUGGACACUAAAGAGAGGGCAGUGUAAUGAUGGUGGGGGGAUGAAGAAGGGAAAUCCUGGGUGGGGAAUAAUACCCUUUUUCAAUUUAGCAGUUGAAGAUUUACCUAUUUCAUGUUUUAAUUAAUCUGGGGAAGGCUUGGUUGGGACUUAGGGCACUUUUCAGUUCAUCUGAAUCAGUUGUGAAAGAACAUACAGUAAAAAUUAUUAUUCUUUUUUUUUUACCCUGAUGUGUUACAGAGGUGAAAAAUGCAGAAAAUUUGGAUGCAUGGGUGGCACAGUGGAAAAACACUUGCACACCUCUGAAGGGACUUUGGUUCAAUUCUUAGUAGCAGUACCUCUGACUUUGCAGAUUGUUCUAUCUCACACAUUUAGCAGUGUUUGUGCGUGGUCAGCCAGUGAGACAUCAUGUUGCUGCACUAGCAGCUGGUUGGAGCGGCUGCUUGGAGAAGGGACGAAUAAUAGAACGAACCUCCUCACAUGUGGUGCUCCUUUCAGACAGAUAGGAAGAAAAAGCAUCUGGGAAAUGUAUGUGUAUGAGGGGGACAUGUGGCUGCUUCCUAUGCAAGCCGUCAGAGCAGUUUCCAGUGACAAACACAGCUUUACAAGGGAAUUAUCUUUUCAUUAUUAGGGAGAAAAGUGUGAAAAAAUCAUUUUUCAGCUUAGUAUAAGCAGAUGCUGAAAUUAAUUGACUAUACACUACAGAUUAGUAUUCACACAAAAUGAGAUCUGGGUUAGGCAUCAAAAGUAAACAAUGAGAGAAUCUCACAGGUGCUAAUGACCGUGGAGCAUCGCUUUCAUUCAUUUAGAUAAACCACUUUUUAAUCAUUAGAGACUUAACAGAAAAAAACCCAAUGCAGUGAAGUCUCUCAUUGCUCAGGCAGUGCAGUCAGCUGAGGUUACCGUGAGUAAAACUCAAAAGAAAACAAAUGAUUAAAAUGACAGGGGGUUGUGGCGACAUUGGAUCUCAAUGAUUUCUAAAUGAUCCAGGAAAUUAAACCAGUUUACAGUUACCAUACAUGCUGUCUGCCCUGCAGAAUCUCUUGUAACACCACUCACCAAUACCACUAUCUUUUUUAAAAUGAAUGAGAUUAGCCUGAUACAAUGAAGCCAAUGAUCUGUUAUGACAUAUAGAAUUAAUGUAUACUUAAUGCAAACUCGAGUAUUCAAGGUCAUUGAUGUUAAUAUGCUUUAAAAUGCUGAUCAUUAUUUUUUACAAAACCUUUAGAUGAAGUUGAGCAUCCGUCCAGUUUUCAGGCAGCCACUCGUUCAUCCAAUCAGUCAGUUACUCACUGUAUUUACAGCACACUAUAAGGUCGGUGUUAACACACAUUACUGUUACACACAAAGAGACAGAGGUCUUAAUGUACAGUCUGUAAAAUAGUGAAACCUGCUCAUUAAUGUGUCUCUUUGUUUAAAUGAAACUAUCAGAUUAACAAAUGACAAAAAGGUUUGAAGGGAAAAUGUUUUAGAAAUUAUACGCUAAGCUUUCCUUUGCUCAAUGUAACUACACUCAUGUCACAUCAGUCCGCACUUUACAGCAGAAAUAUUACAGCUAAAGUUUAUUGUUAGCCGCCAGAGUGGCUGUAGCAUGAUGCAAAGUACACCAUGAUCAGAACAUGGUCAUUUGUCAAAGGGAGCAAUAUAGAAUAUUGAGGAGGCAUUAUGUAAUGUUUCUAUAUGCAUUUCAUUUUCUUUUCAUAAUUUAAUUAAUUUGUUAACUUGUUUUUGUCUUUGUCUUAUUCACAGACACACACACACACAUAUAUAUUCUCUCUCUCUUUCUGUGUGUGUGUGUGUAUAUAUAUAUAUAUAUAUAUAUAUAUACGCAGAGAAAGAGAGAUAAUAAUAAUUAAUAACUCUAACGGAGGGGAAGUAACUUUUAUUAUGACCUCUGACAAUCACAUUUUGUUUCUCUUUUCAAAUGAUGAAAGAAGGGAGGUCUAUGAAUGAUAAUAUGAUAUAAUGUGUGAUAUAUGAUAAUGAAGAUGCAGUAGCAGCAGUUGUCAGCUCUGUGUUCUAAUAAUGUGAAUUAUAACGGCUGGGAUGGAAGAUGAGUUAGCUCACAACCCAUGGCGUUUUUCUGACUAAGCUAUUGUCCCAAAUUCUUGUGGUCCCAGACUGCUUACAUUGGUUUUUAUUUUCAAUUUGCCAUUCUACUUCACCACCUAAUUACUGAUUGAUGAAAGCUUUCACUAUAUGUCUGCUCCGCUAAUUGUUAGCAUUGUUUUGGAUUGUUGAUGUCCAUUUACUCAAGUUGGUUUUACUGAAGAGCAAACAGCAAGUGAGCUGUUCUCAGCACAGCUUAAAGACAAAUGUAGAAACUACAUAUUUGCCUUGUGAGGCAAUUUAAAUAUCUCCUUGUAUAAAAGAAACCAGCUGCUGUUUUAAAUUGGUUAUGUUAGUGCCUAUUGACAGAGGAAAAUGUAUUCAGUUUUGUGUUAAAUGAGAAACAGCUUCUGCAUAUGUUGACAAUCCAUCACAGUAAACAUUAAGUGUAAAACUGGCUUUGUCAACAUGUAUUAUAUGUAUGUUGUUAAAUUGUGCCCCUGUAAAGAGCUUUCAUAAUGCUCAUGUAACAUUACACUCGUGGAUUACCAAGAAAUGUCAUCAACAUUAUUUCAAAAAUAACAUACAGAAAACACUACGACUAGUUUGCAAGCUAAUGAGUGUUUAGUGAAUGACUUUGAGAAAUCACAUUUUGAUGUAGAAGAAUGAAUAAAUAGCUGUAACUAACUAAAUAACUUUCUCCUGUAAAGCCAGCUAUUCAUAAAUGUGUUGUCCUUCAGUCUAUCCAUCAGUUGAACCUCCUACCUCAGUAAAACAGAAUUUCCAUGAGAUAAAAUUUAUUCUUUUUUGUCACAGAGAGAAAAUGUAAUGCUCUCUGUUUGAACAGUAUAAAACAUUUUCUUGGAUAAUGAAGCUACCAGAAAGAGGGACUCAGGGUAUGAGGCAUUUCAGAAUAGAAAAUAAUGUGCUGCUAUGGGUUUCCAGUUCGGUCAAUGCCAGUAUUAUGUCAUAUUAUGAUUGUUGUUAUUAUUUAUUUCAGUAUAUGAAUUGUCAUUUUAGUCACAGAAUGUGGUAUUUACCAGUAUCAGUCUUCCAUGUAUAUUUGACUUGUAUUUCUUCUGUUUUUCUUCUAUUGUAGUGUUUAUUUUACUUCAUUUCUAAUAGUAACUAUAAGGUCUAUAUCUGUAAUAAGCAAAUGAACUGUUGAGCUGCUCAUAUUUGAAGGUGAUAAAAUGUGGGCAGCACUUUGAGAAUAUGCUGUAAAUCUGGGUUAAUGUAUCAAAGUACAGAGGAAAACAUGCUUCUGGCAGAACCGCUUUAUCAAACUGUGUCAAACUGUUAUCCAUGUCGUAGAUAAAGGAGUCACUGCAUGUUACUCAUCCAUACAGGCAGCAGAGUUGUAUCUAUUCUCAUAGAAAAAGAAAGCACUUACUGUAACUGCACACAUGCGCACAUUACAGUAGUUAACAUACAUGCUACAAUGUAUGUGUACGCAAAAGCAAUAAGCCAGCUAAUGAAAUGUAUGUUAUUGCACUGAUAAAAAGAAUAUCUACGCCCAUGCUUUAGACUGCAGCGAUGCCUUGGCUUGAUCACCGUGAAUCAGCGCUUUGCCUUGUAGAACAACAGCUUGUCUCAUGUAUGUAUGUGUAUUGCUUUAUAUUAGUACAGUAUGCUUUGAUUUGUGUACCUGAUGUGUGUGAUAAUAUUUACUUGUGUUUCUAGUUUGACUCAUUUUAUGUUUUUAAAAAUGUUCUUUUACAUUUGGUUACAUUUACUGUGAGAGUAAUGAGCCAUGGUGCAGUAUUUCAAAGUUUCACAUGUGAACUUGUUUAGAGAGACAGGAUAGUUUUCAUUGACAGACUGGAGUUAAGUUUGCUGAUUGAGUGUAACAUCACCUCGUCACUGGACGGGCCUCCACUUAUCAACGUGCAUCACCUCAUCUCUACUAGGAUUUCCACAGAGCAGCUGUGGGUGGUGAUAGUGAGUCAUUAACUGUGCUCUUUAUGUGGCAAAAUAAAGUCAUUAAUCAUGAUCAAAA